GAUGGAGGACGAGCUUUGUAUUCUUCUCUCUAUGUGGAGUAAAAUUGAUCUAGAGUUUUUUUCCGCUUAUGAUAAAAUUUAACUCAGUGUGCAGACAUUGAUGCCAUCUUCUGGACUAUUUUACUGAUACAUUUUAAUCAAACGUACUUCGGCAAGUUAGUUCGUAUUACUUUUACUUUCUAUUUAUAACAUAUUUGGCAAUAUUCAGAUUCACAGCACGACUGCAAAGAAGCCCAUCUGGGAACGACCAUAUUUUCUUGUAGAUGACGUCAUGACGUCACGUCGAAGUAGCCAGCCAAAGAGGGAGUAGUCCACCACUUUGUUUUGUCGACCAAAGCUUUUGGACUUAGCUACUAACACUAAUAUUAACCUUGUAUUAUCUAGUUUACUAGUUGCUGUAGACUACUAUCAAAAUACUAGAUCGACAAUGUCAUUGGCAGACGAUGUCGGAUGGACAUGGUCCGCGGAUGAGACAAAGGCGCUGAUCUCGGUAUGGUCAGACGAGCAGAUUCUUCUGAAGAUGGAGCAAACGUACAGAAACAAACAUGUUUACAGCGAAAUUUCGGAGCGGCUAAAAGACCUUGGUGUCAAACGGACGUGGAAGCAGUGCCAAAACAAGAUUAAGGCCUUGAAGUGGAGAUACAGAGAAACACUGAGAAACCCAAGCAGUAGCCGACCGUGUCCGUUCUUUUCUGAACUGCACGAAUUUCUCGCCGCCAUGCCUGACAUGCCUGAGUCCAAGGAAACUGACGAGGAGGAAGAUAAUGGUCUUCCUCUUCCUCUGUCGUCUCUGCGCCUUUUGGUUCCUCCACUGCGGCUGGUGUCGGCAGCUCUAUGGCAAGUUGUUCAGCGGAGAGACACAAUGGACUACGGGUUGGUGGAGGAGUUUGCCACCACUGUGUUGGAGAUGAUUCCUGAUCUGAUGAGUUACAGAGAGAAAGUCCAACUCAUCAUGGGGCUGCGAGCGCAGCUGGUUCUGGAGUUGUGUCGCUCUGAUUGUUCAGCCGACCCGGAGACCAUCCAGCCACACCUGAGCAGGAUGAGGACCUGCAUCAUCACUCAUAGAGAAAAGGAGAUAGAUACAGAGGUGGAGGCAUCGGAAUCAAACUUCUUGGAACUCGUCCAAACUCUUCUAGAUGACCCAAUUGAGAGGGAACACUUCUUCCAGGAUGUUUUUCCAGACGAAUUCGGGCCCAGGUAUGACGCAGCACUGCAGACUCUGAUGUGGGAGUUCCUCAUCAGGCUGGAGAAGUUGCUUCCAACGCCAACCUUUCAACAGACUGUAUCAUGGCUCAGACCUGCCCCCUCUGUGCUGAAGGAGUGUGCACAUUCUGUGACUCAACCUCAGCCUUUGAAGACUCUUCUCCAGCACAACAGAUGCCAUGGCCAUUUGUUCACUAAUGCUCCGUCAUCUGGUGCCGACGAUCGUAUCCUCUCUUCACUGUCUCACUCGCUCUCAGAGAGGAUAGAAAUGGACAUUGAUGAAGCACGCUCGCAUAGCCAGUCUUUAUCCACGUGUGCAUCCAGAAAGGAAAGGGACACUUUGAUAGAGCACGAUAAUGUAGAGAAGGAGCUAGGGAUGAGUUUGGACACGGUUAAGAAGGCAGUGGAAAUGGUGGAUGGAAGAACAGAGGAAUGGGGAGAGAACGACUAUGAGGAGAGACUGCGACAUGACUUGGCUUAUGAUGUUUUAAAGGUAGAGAUUGUAGACGGAGAAGACAUGUCCUCAACAUCAUCGAUGACCGCAGACGACGUUGGAUGGACCUGCUGGACACCCGAGGAGACAAAGUCACUUAUCUCUAUAUGGUCGGACAAACAGAUUCUUCAUAAGAUGGAGCAAAGCUAUAGAAAAAAACAUGUUUACAGUGAAAUUUCAGAGUGUCUAAAGGAGCUUGGUAUCAAAAAGACAACUAAGCAGUGCCACAAUAAGAUAAAAGCCUUGAAGUGGCGCUACAGAGAAACACUGAGGAACCCAAGUAGCCGACCGUGUCCGUUCUUUUCUAAACUGCACAAUUUUCUUGCCGCGGUGCCUGAUAUGCCGGAGUCCAAGGAAACUGGCAAGGUUUCAGAUGGAGGAGUUAUGUCUUUGGAUCGGGAUAAAGGGCCUUCUUUGGCGGUCGAGUUGGCGCCUCAAUGUGAGAAAAUGGUUUCCAGGAAAGUGAAAUGCAAGACACUCCCCGGAGAGCAAGCCAACGAGAAAAAAGAGGAUGAAAAAUGUUGCAUCCCUCAAAGUGACAGCAAGAUGAAAAGCCCCCCCAAAAAACAUUGUCGCAAACAGAUGGUUGAAGACGUGUCUUCGACAACCUCGGCAGACAAUGACACACGGACCUGGACCCUGGAGGGGACGAAAGCACUGAUCUCCGUGUGGUCAAACAAACAGGUUCUUCAGAUGAUGGAGCAAAGUUACCGGAAAAAACAUGCGUACAGUGAAGUUUCCGAGCGGCUAAAGGUCAUUGGCAUCAAAAGGACGUGGAAGCAGUGCCAAUCAAAGAUGAAGCACAUGAAGCACAGCUACAGACAAGCACUGAGGAACCCAAGCAGUAGUGGCCGAGCGACCUGUCCGUUCUUUUCUGAACUGCACACAUUUCUCGCCAACAUGCCUGAUAUGCCUGAUUCCAAGGGAACUGGCAAGGUUUCAGAUGGCGAAGUCGUAUCUUCGGAUCAGGAUGAAGGGCCUUCUGUGGAGUUGGAGCAUCUACACGAGAAAGGGGCUUCUAGAAAAGUGAAAGUCAAGGCACUCCCCAGAGAGCAAACAGAAGAGAGAAAUGGGGAUGAAUGGGACGGCAGAAUGAAUAUUGGAAGGAAACAACAGGUGGUUGAAGACGUGUCUGAUUUAGAACUUCAGCCUGUAGUGCUGCUGACCCAACUUGAUGACAACAGUCUCAUGACAGUCGGUGCUCCAGGUCCUGUUUCCCAUAACACAGAGCAGUCUCCUAAAAGAAGCAAGCGUGCCAAAAUUUGCUCCUUAUGUGGGAAGAGUUUUGUUGAAGCGAAGGAUUUGACAACACACAUGCGAACUCACACCGAGCAGAGCCCUCACCAGUGCACCCAGUGUGGGGAAGGCUUUGACCACCAGGACGACUUCCAAAAACAUCAGCAGAAUGAGUGUGAGGAGAUGACGAAACGACAGGAGGUCAAUGAGCGCCAGCAUGGAAAGAAUGACAGGAUAUCGGGACAGUCCAGUAAUGCAAGUAGUGAUCCCAAAACGUGCCACCUAUGCCAUAAGACUUUUGAGUUUCAAUAUAUGUUGAGAAGUCAUCUUAUUAUAUUUCACAAAGGCAAACAAUGUUUUAAGUGUCCUCUUUGUCUGAAGGGUUUUGCCUUCCUCCGUGAUUUGAAGAAACACCAGAGUAACAAAAGAGGUUGUCCUACAAGUGAGUCCGUCAAAAAAAGGAAGGAGCUGAGAUCAAAAAGCCCUCCUGCUCGCAUCAUUCCAGAACUUUCCUCAAACGCAAAUUAUUCCAAAACGUGCCCUGUAUGCCAUGCAACGUUUUCACAAACGUCUAGUUUGAAAAGCCACUUUCUUCACCAUCACGCCCCAGACAAAAGCCGCUUUAAGUGUCCCAGUGCUUCGAUGGCUUUUGUAUCCCACAGUCAAAGGAAGAGACACCAGCAGAGCAAAAGAGGUUGUCGGUUAGAGAGAGUUUACAAACAUGCGACUAAGCCAGCAUGGUCACUGGCUCCAAGGGAAAAUAAAAAUGACAUUCCUCAGCCUUCCAGUACAGCAACCCAGGAACCACCAAUCUCUCAAGCCCCCACCACUACAGCACAGUCCUCUAAUAAAAAGACAAUUCCUAAAGCAUGUCCUCUGUGCCAGAAGACUUUUAAAUUUGAAGCUACAAUGGUAAGGCACAUUGCUUCUCACCAAAAGGAAAGUCUCAACAAGUGCCCUGACAUCUUGAAGUGCACAUUUUGUGAUGAGAUCUUUUCUCAGGGCAUGGACCUGAAGAGCCACUACAGUCGUACUCAUCAAUUUACGGGACCGUUCCCCUGUCCUUCUUGUCAGAAGACUUUUGUUUCGUUAACUGAGCUGCGCUUGCAUCAGAGAAAUGAGUCCACUCCUUACCAGUGCUCAGUGUGCCAGCGAUUAUUCCGAACACAGUAUACCCUGACUAUUCACGAGCGAAUUCACACAGGGGAGAAACCAUUCCUCUGCGCUGAGUGUGGAAAGGGUUUCCGGAGUGAAAAACUACUGCAAUCACACUCUAAGAGUCAUGUCGAGGGAAAACCCCACGCUUGCUCCACUUGUGGGAAAAGGUUCCAGAGAAAAGAGCUAUUGAAACAACACAUGUUGCAUCACACAGAUGCUGCUUUCAUCUGCCCAGACUGUGGGAAGAAGUUUUUUCAGUUGGUAUGGUUAAGAAGGCAUAUGUUAAUGCACACUGGCGAGAGACCGUUCCUCUGUGACCUCUGUGGAAAGGGUUUCAAAUCUACGGCUGAAUUGAGGAUUCACACCCGGACACACACUGGAGAACGGCCAUUCAAGUGUCCAGAAUGUGGCAAAGGUUGUAGGCAGAAGAGUGAGCUGCAGGAGCAUCUGCGGAGGCACACAGGGGAGCGGCCGUAUCCGUGCACAGUGUGCGAUAAACGCUUUUAUGUCAGCAAAGAUAGAAAACGACAUAUGCUCAUCCAUACUGGAGAGAAGCCGUUUAAAUGUCAAGCAUGUGGCAUGGCUUUCAACCGUAAAGCACUUUUGAGGGUACACCAAAAAAACAAGUCGUGUUUAUAUAGCCACACAAGUCCCCUACAUUACACUCCCCUACAUUACACGUCAUUGUAAUGUUGAGGAUUUGUGUGGGAUUUGUGUGGGAUUCAUUACUUAGAAAAGUAAUCUAUUGUUAGGUUUAAGAAAAUUCAUCUUGUCAAGUUACAGUAUGGUUGCAUGGAAUGUAGUAUAUUACAUAUCACUUGUUGCAAUUGUUGUUAUUCAGCACCAUGGAGCUCCACUACAGGCCUACCUGUAUCAGAUGAGCAAAGCAACCCCUAAGGCGCUAUCCAAGGUGCUGAAUCCUUCAUUCACAAUUACAAUUGAUAGCCUGAUACCCAUCGGACUUGUGAAUUUAAUCUGAUUAGAUUAGAUUAAAUUAGAUUAAAUUAGAUUUAGACUGCAUCUGUUGUUGUUGUUAUUGUUAUUAUUAUUAUUAUUAUUAUUAUAUGUGUGAAAUUAUUUUCAAUAUAGUUUAGGUGUAGUUUCGAUUGGCCGUUAGUCAACUGUCGGGUGACGGAAAGGCAGCGUGGGGAAAAAAUAAAUACAUGUCCUCCUAAAAGUGCUUAGAACACACUCUUGAUUGUUAUAUCGAAAAUUCUAACGUCAGUCAGUGUGUUAAAUAGACAUUCAGGAAAAGUCGAGGACAGAGGAGGUAUGACUUUAUUACAGUGCAUUUUGUGUAGGGUUCAUAUGACAAGGUUUGCAUUCACGUUCAGCAGGUUAAUGCGCCGGUUAUUUGAAGUCAUCCUUGUUGUCACUUGACAGCCUUUAUUUAGUGGCUUUAAUGUACAUUUUGUUUCGUAAAGCUGCCUAAAUGUAUAUGGCCAAUAGGCCUAUUCCUUUGUAUAUUAAAAUAGAAUGUUUGUUGUUAUCAAACAUUGGAUUUAUCAGACAUUUUGAUUGUUUACAUGGACAUUUUGUAAGAACACUUGGAAAUAUUGUUUAGGCAUGUGCAUCUUUUGUUUAUUAUCAUAAUGCCUAUAGAUUUCUCCUCUUUCACGCAUUUCUGGAACUUAGGCUUCCAGCUUUUGUGCCUUUCUGCAUGACCUCCAGAUGCUAUUUCAGAUUUGAUGUGGUGUUUCUGGAUGAAGAGAUCAAUGCUUGCUGCAUCGGACUAAAACGUUGUACUCUUUCUCUUCGAUUAAGUAAAAGUAAUGGGAGUAUUUCCACAAGGAAAAGGAUAAGUAGGGUAACAACACAGCUGCCAUCUCUCUAUCUUAUCUAAUAAAUAAAUAUAUAUAUAUAUAUCUCAGCAAAAAAAGAAACAUCCUCUUACUGUCAACUGUGUUUAUUUUCAGCAAAUUAACAUGUGUAAAUAUUUGUAUGAACAUAAGAUUCAAAAACUGAGACAUAAACGGAACAAUUUCCACAGACAUGUGACUAACAGAAAUUGAAUAAUGUGUCCCUGAACAAAGGGGGUCCAAAUCAAAAGUAACAGUCACUAUCUGGUGUGGCUAUUAGCUGCAUUAAGUACUGGAGUGCAUGUCCUCAUGGACUGCACCAGAUUUGUGAGUUCUUGCUGUGAGAUGUUACCACACUCUUCCACCGAAGCACCUGCAAGUUCCCGGACAUUUCCGGGGGGUCCCAGACGUGCUCAAUGGGAUUGAGAUCCAGGCUCUUCGCUGGCCAUGGCAGAACACUGGCAUUCCUGUCUUGCAGGAAAUCAUGCACAGAACGAGCAGUAUUGCUGGUGGCAUUGCCAAACCUGGCACCUACUGCCAUACCGCAGGUUUUCAAGUCCGGAGACUGAGAUGACCAUGCAAAAUGGCUUUCAAAGGCACUUCAAUCUUUUGUCUUGCCCAUUCACCCUCUGAAUGGUACACAUACACAACCCAUGCCUCAAUUAUCUCGAGGCUUUAAAAUCCUUCUUUAACCUGUCUCCUCCCCUUCAUCUACACUGAUUUGAAGUGGAUUUAACAGGUGACAUCAGUAAGGGAUCAUAGCAUUCACCUGGUCAGCCUAUUUCAUGGGAAGAACAUGUUUUGUACACUCAAUGUAUAACACGCUGAGAGAUAUAAUGAUGAUGAAAGUAAAGGACUCGUUACUUGAAAAAAGCAACUAUUACGAUAUUUGAAGAUAACUCGUUAUAUUACUCUCAAAAGUAAUAUAUUACUGUAACGCGUUACCUCCAACACUGGCCUCGAUGAGCAUUAGCUUGAUGUUUUUAUAGCAUUAAUGUCUUGUCUUUGUUGAAGGUAGCAUUAAUGUUCUUAUUCUAAGAUAAAUCACUCUGCCAGGUGUUGAAAGGGUUUCCUGUCUGUGACCGUACUGGGCCUGCAUUUCUUUUUGGGUUACCUAAAUAAAAAUGUAAUAAAGGAUUAUUCUUCUUGUUAUUGGGAGGUGGGGAAUAUGAUUAAAUGGUUUAUAAGCAUAGCCUAUAUCCUGUAAGCGUAGGGCGAACGGCUAGUAUAAUCGAGGCUCAGGAGAAAUUAAAACUACACUGGGGUCUGAAAUUGACGCCUUUUGAUAAAGAUGAGCAAUAACGACUGUUUAAAAUAAAUCAUUUAAAUUCUGAGCUAUAGCGUGCACAUUUUCUUGUUGCAAAAUUAUAUUUUAUACUAAUACAAUUGCUCGGGUAAAGACAUUUUGUAUAACAAGUCAUCUUUUUUUUCUCUCAAAGGUAGUGGUCAAAAUGAUUAACGCCCCUGUUUUCAAUUCCUUUUCAAUGCCUCACCUUGGGGGGGGGCAAAGGUGAUUAGAAAUUAUGCAGUCAAUUAAAUUGAUGGAAUUAGAAUGGAAUGAAUCUUAUGGUGGUCCAAAGGUCAGCCAUGUUGGUCAGGGAGUUGGUCAACUAUGGUUUGCCAGUGCUGUGAUAAUAUAUUGUGUAAAACAAUGUAUGUGAAGAAUUGAUCUGCUCUGUAUUAUGUGUUAGCCAGACAGUUUUAGAGGAAUGAUUCUGUUAAUUUAUUUAACUGCCAAUAUGCCAAAAUUAUAUUCAAACUAUUCAGUCAAUCCACAGCCAUACACUGGCUGAAAUCAGUUGAUGAUAGUACUUAGACAAGUUGUACUUUAACAAGUACUAAUAUUGUAUUAUAGCUUUCCAAGAAAACAGAAUCUGAGACAUCUAUGGUCUGUUUUCAUAUUUUUGUUGGCUAUUUAUACAGAAAAUGUGUAUAAAAGCCAUAUAAACUGUAUUUGUAAUCAUGACAAUAUUUGAGGUUGACCUUAAUUCUGUUUAAAUACACGUCUUAUACAUGACAUGCCUUUUAUUUUCCUGCAUAAGUAAAAGCAGGAAAUGCAUCACCUAUGCCUCUACUGCAGCGGUUCCUAAACUCGGUCCUCUGGACCCUAAGGGGGGCACAUUUUUGUUUUUGCCUUAACACUUCACAGCUGAUUCAAAUGAUCAAAGCUUGAUGAUUAGUUGACUAUUUGAAUCAGCUGUGUUGUGCAAGGGCAAAAACCAAAACCUGCACCCCUUGGGGUCCAGAGGACCGAGUUUGGGGAAACCCUGCUCUACCGCCAUUCAUUCUAUUUAGACUGGUUUUGGAUUUCUCCCUGACCAAGAUGACUUCCAUUUUGGCCCCAUUGUGGAACUUUGAUGGAUUAUGACAGUUCGCUGGUAAUAUAAUAUGAUUUCUAUGGAUAGAUUGUGAGUUCUAUCUGCAAUAUUAAAGCUGAUCUGCUUAUUUGUG